AUGGAGUGGGGAUUCAGAAGCACCGCCGGAAAUGGUGCCAAUGAGGUGGCUUCGCCGUAUAGACAGGACGGUGCAGCGUCCUCGGUGAUAAAUAGAGCGGCGGAAUCGGUGGCUACUUAUUAUGCAACUGGACAACUCUUUGUGAUUAGUUCCCAUGCUUUUGACAGGCUUUGCAUUUCCGUGGCUAAGGGUAUUGAUUUUGCAAUAGCACACGGUGAGAUUCCAACAAGAUCUCGUUUCAUAGCACCAAUGCUGAUGGAGAUGUAUCGAGCUAGUCAGGGCGGUCCUUGCUUAGCAGCUAUAAAGGUGCUUACAAUGUCUGUCCAGUCUGCCUGUAAACUCGAGUGGUUUACCAACCAAGACAGACAAGCUUUGCUAAAAAUUUGCAGGGAGCAAGACUGUAAGUUUUAUGUUGAUAGUAUACCAAUUACUGCAACCACAGUUUCUCCAGGACAGAACAAGAUAAGUCUGUUUACGGUUCGAGAGGACAUCUUGAAGACAUAUUGGUGUACUUUAGUUCCACCAGAAGCGAACAUUCUGCUAAAUGGACAAAAUGUCAAGUUGGGUCAACGGCAAAAUGAUAGAGGACGACAACCAAUUGAUGUGACAUCCAUGACGAAAUUUGGGGUUAACUCUCUGCGAGCCUUUGGAUACUUUAAUGCGGAUCUUCUUGUUGUCCUUGCUGUCACAAGUGAUGUUGAACCGGGUUUGGACUCUGAACUGCGACUUAAUUUCAGCCCUUCUGCUUCAACUGAAUCGGGUCAAAAUCAAGAAAUGAAAAUGAGGGAUUCACUCAAGCAGCCAACAUUAAGAAGACAUAACAAUGGUAGAACAACUCCGAGAGCUUUGCAGCACUUGCUGCAUGCAGUUAGCCAAUCGCGCUCACGAAGCUCGCGGCCGGAAGCCUCCAGUUCAAUGAGGGCUAACCCUGUUGAAGAUGAUCUAAAAGAUAUGCAACACGAUGAUUCAUCUGAUGAUGAAGAAUUUGACGUUAUGAUGUAUCUCAGUGAUAAUUGA